AGGGGGUGUCAGUGCGCGGCCGCCCGGCCAGGGCGACGGCAUGGGGCGGGUACAGCUCUUCGAGGUCCGCCUGAGCCGCGGUCGCGUCGUCUACAGCCCGGGAGAGCCGCUGGUGGGGGCCGUGCGCGUGCGCCUACGGGCGCCGCUGCCCUUCCGAGCCAUCCGAGUGACCUGCAUGGGUUCCUGCAGGGUGUCCAGCAAGGCCAAUGAUGCAGCGUGGGUAGUGGAGGAGGGCUACUUCAACAGUGCUCUGUCGCUGGCUGACAAGGGGAGCCUGCCAGCUGGUGAGCACAAUUUCCCUUUCCAGUUCCUGCUUCCUGCCACAGCGCCCACGUCCUUCGAGGGCCCCUUUGGGAAGAUUGUGCACCAGGUGCGGGCCACCAUUGACACACCACGUUUUUCCAAGGAUCACCAGUGCAGCCGUGUGUUCUAUAUUUUGAGCCCCCUGAACCUGAACAGCAUCCCAGACAUUGAGCAACCCAACGUGGCCUCCACUACCAAGAAGUUCUCCUAUAAGCUGGUGAAGACGGGCAGCGUGGUCCUCACCGCCAGCACUGACCUCCGUGGCUACGUGGUAGGGCAGGUGCUGCGGCUGCAGGCUGACAUCGAGAACCAGUCAGGCAAGGACACGAGCCCUGUGGUAGCCAGUCUGCUGCAGAAAGUGUCCUACAAGGCCAAGCGCUGGGUCCAUGACGUGCGGACCAUCGCAGAAGUAGAGGGUGCAGGUGUCAAGGCCUGGAGGCGGGCACAGUGGCAAGAGCAGAUCCUGGUGCCUGCCCUGCCCCAGUCAGCCCUGCCAGGCUGCAGCCUCAUCCACGUGGACUACUACCUGCAGGUCUCCCUGAAGGUGCCUGAAGCCACUGUGACCCUCCCUGUCUUCAUCGGCAAUAUCGCUGUGAACCACGCCCCAAUGAGCCUCCGGCCAGGCCCAGGGCUGCCUCCUGGGGUGCCAGUCCCCGUGGUGCCCUCGGCGCCGCCCCAGGAGGAGGCCGAGGCUGCGGCCAGCAGCCCCCGCUUCGCAGAUGCAGUCUCCCUCUCCACGGAGAGCCACUCACAUGAGCAGCCAUUGCCUGCUGCCUUUGGCUCUGUGCCUGGUGCCCCUGAACCCCGCCCUCAGGAUGGCAGCCCUGCUCCCCACCCAUUGCCCCCUCCCUUGUGCAUCUCCACAGGUGCCACAGUCCCCUACUUUGCAGAGGGUUCUGGAGGGCCAGUGCCCACCAACAGUACCUUGAUCCUGCCCCCAGAGUACAGUUCGUGGGGCUAUCCCUAUGACCUCGUUCUCUCUCCGCAGAGGCCCCGCCAUCCUAUGAGCAGAGCUGUGGCGGUGCAGAUCCCAGCCUGACACCCGGGAGCUGACCCUGUGCCGCCUUCUCCGGGUGGGCUGACCUUUGCCCUGGGAUCGGGCACCCAGGGCCUUGUGCCUUCUUCGCUCCCGGCCUGACCCGGCCCACUCAGGACCCGCUGCUGCCCGGCUGCUCCUUUCAGCCUCUGCCUAGGGACCACCCUCUCCCCAGGGGCCUGGGGCCUGGAGAGAUGCCGUGUAAAUAAAGCACUUCAUUUGUAGAGCUAGGCACAGGACAGCCUCUCGGGCACCCUCUUCCCGCCCGGUGCAUAGCAGCCUAGCCCUGGGUGCCCCUCCUGGGCAUGCACCCCCCACUCCUGGUCCUGCUCGCCCUUCCUUCAGUCCUGGAACCCCGCCUAUGGGCCGCCCCAUCCUCUCCAGUGCGCAUGCCCCUCUCCUUGGUUCUGGGCGCCUCCUUCCAGGUGCCUAGGGCUUAGAAGACUGGCCCGGGGGAGCGGGACCAGCAUGGACUGGGUACCUUUAACUCAGGCCGGGGCUGGUGCUUGUUCUCAUGGUUCUGCUUAAGGAUGUGCCCUCAGAGUGGGGCUUGCAUGUCUGGAGCCUUGGUGUUAAAUUUAAAAUGUAUUUGUAAUGUGGGGAGAAGAGCACCCCUGUAAGGUUUUAUUGACACACUUUGGGCUUGCCCAUCCAGCACCCAUCAUUCCAGGUGGCGGAGUUCAGAUCUCCUGCACCAGAGGAAAUCCUGUGGGGGGUGACCAGGUGGACUUGCCCACGUGCCCACCCCUUGUGCUGUUCCCUUAUCCUUGGCCUCAAGUCUCAAGUUCCUGCUGUCACCACUGCCACCCACGUCUGGCUCUGAGGGAUACUGCUGCUCGUCUCCCAUGAACACCCAAGCCCAUGCCUGCUCCCGAGGUCCCUUUCAAAUGCCUGUUGUCUAGGAUUCAAGGAACCCAAGAACAAAUAAAGUCAGGGUUUGGCAGA